AUGUCAGCCUCUUUCUGGCUCCUUCUCAGCCUUGUUGCCGUAACUGCUGCUCAGCCUACCACUGAGGAAAAGGCCAAGAUAUUUUUGCAGAAGUUUGACCAUGAAGCUGAAGACCUGUCUUAUCAAAGUUCACUUGCUUCUUGGAAUUAUAACACCAAUAUUACUGAUGAGAAUGUCCAAAAGAUGAAUGCAGCCGGGGCCAAAUGGUCUGCCUUUUAUGAAGAACGGUCCAGGACUGCCAGAACUUAUCCACUAGAAGAAAUUCAGAAUCGCACAGUCAAGCGUCAAUUGCAGGCCCUUCAGCAGAGUGGGACCUCAGUGCUCUCAGCAGACAAGAGCAAACGAUUGAACACAAUUCUAAGUACAAUGAGCACCAUCUACAGUAGUGGGAAAGUUUUCGACCCAAAUACACAGGAGUGCUUAGUACUUGAACCAGGUUUGGAUGACAUAAUGGAAAACAGCGAAGACUACAAUCGGAGACUCUGGGCUUGGGAAGGCUGGAGGGCCGAGGUCGGCAAGCAGCUGAGGCCAUUUUAUGAAGAGUAUGUGGUCCUGGAAAAUGAGAUGGCCAGAGCCAACAAUUAUGAGGACUAUGGGGACUAUUGGAGAGGGGAUUAUGAAGUGACGGGGGCAGGUGACUAUGACUACAGCCGCGACCAGUUGAUCACAGAUGUGGAACGUACCUUUGCAGAGAUUAAACCAUUAUAUGAACAACUUCACGCUUAUGUGAGGGCAAAGUUGAUGGAUGCCUACCCUUCCCGUAUCAAUCCGACUGGAUGCCUCCCUGCCCAUUUGCUUGGUGAUAUGUGGGGGAGAUUUUGGACAAAUCUGUACCCUUUGACAGUCCCCUUUGGAGAGAAACUGAGCAUAGAUGUUACCAAAGAAAUGCAGAACCAGUCCUGGGAUGCGAAGAGGAUAUUCAAGGAAGCUGAGAAGUUCUUUGUGUCUAUUGGCCUUCCUAGUAUGACUCAAGAAUUCUGGGAAAACUCCAUGCUAACUGAGCCAGGCGAUGGCCGGAAAGUGGUCUGCCACCCCACAGCAUGGGACCUGGGGAAGGGUGACUUCAGGAUCAAAAUGUGCACAAAGGUGACGAUGGAUGACUUCCUGACAGCCCAUCAUGAGAUGGGGCACAUCCAGUAUGACAUGGCGUAUGCCACACAGCCCUACCUGCUCAGAAAUGGAGCUAAUGAAGGUUUCCAUGAAGCUGUUGGGGAAAUCAUGUCACUUUCUGCAGCUACACCUCACUAUUUGAAAGCCCUUGGUCUUCUGCCACCUGAUUUUUAUGAAGACAGUGUAACAGAAAUAAACUUCCUGCUCAAACAAGCACUUACAAUUGUUGGAACUCUACCAUUUACUUACAUGUUAGAAAAGUGGAGGUGGAUGGUCUUCAAGGGUGAAAUACCCAAAGAGCAGUGGAUGCAGAAGUGGUGGGAGAUGAAGCGAGAGAUAGUCGGGGUGGUGGAGCCUCUGCCCCAUGAUGAAACAUACUGUGACCCCGCGUGUCUGUUCCAUGUUGCUGAAGAUUACUCAUUCAUCCGAUAUUACACAAGGACCAUUUAUCAAUUCCAGUUUCAUGAAGCCCUUUGUCAAACAGCUAAACAUGAAGGUCCCCUGUACAAAUGUGAUAUCUCAAAUUCCACCGAAGCUGGGCAGAGGCUGCUCCAAAUGCUGCGCCUUGGAAAAUCAGAACCCUGGACCUCAGCAUUGGAAAAUAUUGUGGGAGUAAAGACUAUGGACGUAAAACCACUGCUCAACUACUUUGAGCCGUUGUUGACCUGGCUGAAAGACCAGAACAGGAAUUCAUUUGUGGGAUGGAGCACAGACUGGACUCCAUAUUCUGACCAAAGCAUCAAAGUGAGGAUAAGCCUAAAAUCAGCUCUUGGAGAAAAAGCUUAUGAAUGGAAUGACAAUGAAAUGUACUUGUUCCGGUCGUCUGUUGCAUACGCCAUGAGAGAGUAUUUUUCAAAAGUCAGAAACGAGACCAUUCCUUUUGGGGAGAAGGACGUGUGGGUGAGUGACUUGAAACCAAGAAUCUCCUUCAAUUUCUUUGUCACUUCACCUAAAAAUGUGUCUGACAUCAUUCCUAGAACUGAAGUUGAAGAGGCCAUCAGGAUGUCCCGGGGCCGUAUCAAUGAUGCUUUCCGCCUGGAUGACAACAGCCUGGAGUUUCUGGGGAUUCAGCCGACGCUGGGACCCCCUUAUGAGCCACCUGUCACCGUAUGGCUGAUUAUCUUUGGGGUCGUGAUGGGAGUGGUAGUGAUUGGUAUUGUUGUGCUCAUCUUCACUGGGAUCAGAGAUCGAAGAAAGAAAAAUCUAGCAAGCAGUGAAGAAAAUCGUUAUGGCUCCGUGGACUUGAGUAAUGGAGAAAAGAAUUCAGGAUUCCAAAACAGUGAUGAUGUUCAGACUUCGUUUUAG